GCUUGAACGGUGAGACAUGGCGGAGUUGGUAGUCUGACAGAGAGAGAGAGAGAGAGAGAGAGUGAGAGGGGCAGGAGAAGAGUUGUAUACUCUUUCCAACAUGUCGAAAAAACUUCACUCGGGGUCAACAAUGCCUUCGUAGCGUGCGCAGAGCUGAACAUAAAGAGGCAGAGGCGUUUCGUUUGUCGGGGAAGGACGGAGCGGUGGUCGGGAAAAUGUGUUGUCAUCUUCAUGCAGUCAACAGCCUUGGGCAACAAAUAUGGCUACUUCUUGUGUAUCCUUCAAUUCUGGGUGGAAAACCGUCCCAACUGGGCCGAGCGGCAUAGUUUCGGGGAGUCGCCAGAGUAGUAGGAAGUGACUGCCAGGAAGAUUAAAGAAGCUGGAUUUGUCCCGGAGCUGGUUUUUAAAGCGAAGUGAGAAAGGAGGAGGAGGAGGAGGAGGAGAUGGAGCCAAAGCAUAAAGAGUUGUUGGAGAAAUGUUACCAGAACUUGGUGGAGUCGAUAACAGAUGCGGACCGAGUUGUGGAUGUUUUGGCUCACUGCGGGACUCUGAGUCAGUCUGAGUGCUUCGAGCUGGGACGCAACUGCUCCUCCAGCUCGGAGAAAGUGGACCUCCUGCUGAAGAUACUGAUCAGUAAGGACAGAGACCAUUUCGCAGAGUUUUGCUCGGCUCUGGAGAAGACGCACCCUCACCUGCACUCUGCGCUGCUGAACGGUACCGGACCGGUGGAUCACACAACCGGCUCCACUUACAGCAUCUUGUCCACCAUGCCAUCCGACUCAGAGAGCAGCAGCUCCCUCAGCAGCUUAGGUACGCCGGGUCAAGCCUCCUCCCCUCCGCCCGCCCACAUGGACGGCCACCAGGUGAACGAGAAGCUGGAGACGGUCCUGUUCCAGCUGCGUCACGUGACCCGCGAGAGGGACGAGCUCCGCAAACGCCUCGCUCUCUCCUCACCGGGAACCACCUUCGAUGACUGCAGACCAAACUCGAAAGCAGGUCAUGACUACGAGCGUCUGAAGCUGCAGUGCAUGAAGGCGAUGGCGGACCUGCAAUCCCUGCAGAACCAGCACAGCACCACCCUGAAGAGGUGCGAGGAAGCUGUGAAGAAAGCCGACUUCUACCAUACGCUGCACAGCCGCCUGGUGAGCGAGCAGGCCCAGCUGAAAGAGGAGCUGGAGGCGGUACGACAGGACAACAUCCAGCUGGUCAGAGAGCACAACCAUGUGAAGCAGGCCUGCGAGGAGCUGAGGAGGCUGCACGAGGACGACCAGCGGGAGUUGGCUGAUAUGAGGAUGCUGCACCAACAGGUGAUGAGAGAGGGAUCAUCUGAUGUCCUCAACAAGCUGUACGACUCCGCCGUGGACAAGCUGGAGGCGAUGAAGAACGACUACGAGGUCUUGAGGAAGCGCUACAACGAGAACACGGCUGGUCACAACGCGGACCUGAGUCGUCUGGACCAGGCCGAGGAGGAGAACCACCGGCUCCAGAAACAGCUGGACAUGCUGCUGAAGCAGAGAGACGCCGCCAUCCACUACCAGCAGCAGUACUCCUCGUCUAUAAGAAGGUUCGACAACACGCAGCAGGAGCUGUCCAAGGCCGCAUCCCAGAACAAGGAGCUGCACCGAGAGAUGGAGCGGCUGCAGUCGGAGGCGACGCGGCUCAAGACGCAGCAGCUCAAGGCGGCGAAAGAUUCCGAGAAGUACAAGGAGGAGCGGGACUCGGUUAUCAGCGAGUACCGCCUGAUCAUGAGCGAGCGGGACCAGGUGAUCAAAGAGGUGGACCGGCUGCAGACCGGGCUGGAGGUGGCUGAGGCCAAGCUGAAGAACACGUCCUCAGAGAGACGGGUGGCUAAUGAGGAGCUUGAGGCUCUCAGACAGGAGCUGGCGUCCUCUCUGGUGGACAGGGACCGGGCCAUCUGCGAGAAGAACGAGCUGCUUGAAAAAUACUGCCACGAGGUGAAGGACAAGGCCGAGGCGCAGAAGGAGCUGAGCCAGGCCUGCAAGGACAUGGAGUCGGUGCGUGAGGAGAGGGAUGUGGCCCGCAAGGAGAGGACGGAGGCCAUCAUCCAGAGGGACCAGCUGCUGCGAGAGUAUUACCAGGCCAGACAGAAACAAGAUUCAGCCACUCUGGACAUGGAGCGAGCCAACAAGGAGAUCGACAUGCUGAGGAAGCAGUACGAGGCCGUCUCUCAGGAGCUGAAGGAAGCGCUGCAGGAGGCCGAGGUGGCCAAGUGUCGCCGGGACUGGGCCUUCCAGGAGAGGGACAAGAUAGUAGCUGAGCGGGAGAGCAUACGCACGCUCUGUGACAACCUGAGGCGAGAGAGGGACAGAGCUGUGAGCGAUCUGGCAGACGCUCUGAGGAAUCUGGAUGACAUGAGGAAGCAGAAGAACGACGUUGUGCGGGAACUCAAAGAACUGAAGGAAAAGAUGGAGGACCAGUUAGAGAAGGAGGCGAGGUUUCGACACCUGAUGGCUCACAGCUCUCAUGAUUCAGCCAUCGACACGGACUCAAUGGAGUGGGAGACGGAAGUUGUAGAACUUGAAAAGCACAGAGACAUGGAUUUGAAAGCACUUGGGUUUGAUAUUGCUGAAGGGGUAAAUGAUCCAUAUUUACCAGGAGACUGUGGCAUAUUUGUCAGUAAGGUGGAUAAAGGAAGUAUUGCUGAAGGAAGAUUAAGGGUGAACGAUUGGUUGUUGAAAAUCAACGACGUGGACCUCACCAACAAGGACAGGAAGCAGGUGAUCAAAGCGGUGUUAAGCGGCGAGGGAGUGAUCAACAUGGUGGUUCGCAGGAGGAAGUCGCUGGGAGGACGAGUCAUCACUCCGGUUCAGAUAAACCUGGCCGGACACAAAGACUGUGGUAUCGGUCUGGAAAGUGGGGUGUUUGUUGCCACUUUAGCUCCAGGGAGUCCAGCUGCCAGAGACUGUGCUCUCACUGUGGGAGACAGACUGUUAGCUAUUAAUGGGAUCGCCCUGGAUAACAAGUCGCUCUCUGAAUGUGAGUCUCUGCUGAGGAACUGCCGUGAUUCGCUGAGCGUCUCCCUCGUAAAGUUCCUCCCACAGAGCUGCUCCGGUCAGAGUUUAGCAGAAAGUUUUAGGGAUUCUGAAAAGGUUUCUCGUCUCCAGUCCUGUGAGACUCAAUCCAGGAACUGCAGGAUCUCCAAGCACAACUGCUCCAAGCACAACUGCUCCACACAAACAGAGAUCUGCAGCUGUGAGUCAGGUGGCAGAGGAGAGGAAGCGUGCAAAGACAUGAGCGACUCUUUGGAAAACAGCAACAGCAGCGCUUACUGCCACCACAAGCCUUUUUCCAACACCUCCCUGCACUCCCGCUCCCUCUCCUCCCACAGCGCCUCUGAACCCCAUCCGGACAUCUGCUACAGGCGGCAGGAGUUCCACCAUCGCCCCUUCACCUUCACACCGGUGCUCUCAGACUGCGGCUCUCCUCAGACCGCCGUGGAGCGGGUGCAGGGCCCACCAGUGAAGCCCAGCGGAGGCACGUGGCCGAAAGUUAUCGCAGGAGCGUCGGUUCCAGAGUGCGCCCAGCUCUCCAUCUACAAAAAGGUCAAACAGAGGAAGUCUAUCUUUGAUGUGGCCGCCUUUAGGAGACCUGACGUGCCCCCGAAACUGGACUACAUGUCCCUGUCUCAGAUGCCAAAACACUCCCCGCAGAGUUCACUUUCUGAAUCUGCUCAGGCGCCGCCCACUCCGCCAACAAGGAGCGACUCCUUCAGAUUCAAACACCGCCAGCAGAACAGCUCAGCAUCCGACUCAACCAUCACCACUGGGACUCCUCCGGCCUCACCGGCUCAAGCAAAGAGCCUACAGGUGGAAGGUGAAGCCGGGAACCAGUUCUACUAUACCCACACUCCCCCAGGAGAGAACAAGAGUGGCGCCAAGUCAUCCGUCGAGGAGCAUGGGGGCCGACAUAGGUCGGGGGAGCCGGCAAAGAGGAGGUACCGGCCAAAAUCAGCACCAGCACUGAGGCGAAACGUGACACCGUUGCACAUCCCUGUUCCAAUGCAGGUUCAGAGCUUCUCAAAUGAUGAGCACUCCCCGGAGCCCAUGGACUUGUUGCGCUUCUCCCCUUUACGAACCAAUCGGUACAGCAUGAACUUUGCACCUCCCAGCUACAACAGCAUCACAGGGCACCCAGCACAGCGAGGUUUAGCCCCGUGUCCUGCCGUCACAGCUGUUAUGAGGAACCCGGUCUACACUGCCUGGUCCCACGAGAUCCAGAACAACAACUGUCCUCCAGCUCCCGGCUCAGGGGUCCAAACACAACCUCACACAAGCCCCCAGCAUCAAGGUCGCCACAGUCUGGACCUCAGCCACAAGCACGCUGGAGACUCGACGGAGAUGAGCUGCAGCCAGCCACCACACAGCACUAACUCCCUGCCCUCCAGCGCCAGACUUGGCUCCUCCAGUGCUUUACAGUAUCGGGCCGAACGCAUCAAGAUCCCCCAUCCUCGUUAUCCCCGUUCCACCGGCUCUGACAGAGGCUCCCUCUCACACUCGGAGUGCAGCAGCCCGACACCUCCCAUGUCCCCCGUCAACCUGGAGACAUCGUCUUUCACCAGUAGCCAAUCCCAGAGCUCCAUCUCCACGCAGCCCAGGAUAUCAGUCAGCCCCGCUCCAGUUGGCGACAGGCGGAAGGAUGGGCCAUACUUAGAGGAACCACGCAACGUGACAGUCCAGAAAGGCGCAGAACCUCUGGGGAUCUCCAUCGUGAGCGGCGAGAACGGAGGAGUGUUUGUGUCAAAAGUGACGGCUGGCAGCAUCGCACACCAAGCUCGGUUAGAGUACGGAGACCAGCUCCUGGAGUUUAACGGAAUCAACCUCCGCAAUGCCAACGAGCAGCAGGCCCGGCUGGUGAUCGGGCAGCAAUGCGAUACAGUCACAAUUCUGGCUCAGUACAAUCCUCACAUGUUUCAGCUGGGAAACCACUCACGAUCAGGUUCACGCAUGGAGUCUAUCAGCAACCAGCCGACUCCCCAUGACAGUGGAGCCACCACCCCGGACAUCCAUGCUGACACUCUGAGCGAGCAGGACGAGGGGACCAUGACACCACCGUCCAAACAGACCACUCCUGCAACCAGCCCUCACAACUCCUUCAGGGUUCCUGGUUCUAGUUUGCGUGGAGCUGCAGAGCCUCGGCUGGUCCGGCUGAAGAGGAUCCAGGCAGAGCUAGGGGUUCAGAUCUGUGGGGGAAACCUUAAUGGCAUCUUUGUGGAGAGUCUGGAUGAUGACAGCCCUGCAAAGUGUCCUGAUGGCCUUUCACUUGGAGACAUGAUCCUGGAGUACAAUGGCAUCAGCAUGAAGAACAGAACUAAAGAGGAAGCUUACCUGGAAAUGUUGAAACCAGCUGAAACAAUCACCUUCAAGGUCCAGAGCUGUGUCGACAGCCUCCCCGCCAUCAAAGAGUCACAUGGUGAUGGAUUUUACAUAAGAGCACUUUAUGAGCGAGUCGCAGAGGUAGAGCAGGAGCUGGGCUUUAACAAAGACGACAUCUUGUACGUUGAAGACACUCUGCCAAAUGGCAACUUCGGCUUCUGGAUGGCCUGGCAGCUGGACGAGAACGCACAGAACCUGGGUAAAGGACAGAUUCCAAGUAAAUACAUGAUGGAUCAGGAGUUCUACAGGAGACACGGCUCGGCUGAUAUGAAAGAUGAUAACAGCACCGGCAAGACUAUGUCCGCCGCCGCACGGAGAUCUUUCUUCCGCCGGAGGUUGAAGCACAAACGCAGCGGAUCUAAAGACGGGAAGGAUCUGAUGGCUCUGGACGCUAUAAGCACAGACUCUCUACCCAUCACAGAGGACGGAGUGAGCCUGAUGUACCAGCGGGUUCAGAGGGUGGAGUGCUCAUCUCCGAGGCCGGUGCUUGUCCUGGGUCCCUUAGUGGAGGCCAUUAAAGACAUGCUGGUGAAGGAGGCUCCUGCCAAGUUCUGCCGCUGUUUGCCAGAGAUCAUGAAGGCAUCUCAGCAGGCAAUAGAGCGCGGGGUGAAGGACUGCGUGUUCAUCGACUACAAACGGAGAAGCGGCCACUUUGAUGUCACGACUGUCGCAUCAAUAAAAGAGAUCACAGAGAAGGACUGUCACUGUUUACUUGACAUCGCCCCUCACGCCAUCGAACGUCUCCACAGCGUUCACAUCUACCCAAUCGUCAUAUUCAUUCGCUACAAAAACGCCAAGCAGAUAAAAGAGCAGAAGGACCCUCUGUACCUGCGGGAUAAACUCUCACAGAAACAUUCCAAGGAGCAGUACGAGGCGGCUCAGAAAGUAGAGCAGGAGUACAGCCGCUUCUUCACAGGCGUCGUCCAAGGCGGCAGCGUCUCCUACAUUUGCACUCAGAUCAUCACCAUUGUGGAGCAGGAGCAGAGUAAAGUCCUGUGGAUUCCAGAUGGAGCACCGUAGAAAUGUAUCACCUCACCUCUCACCUCUCAUCUCACCUCACUGCGAUUUGGGAAACACAGAGAAUCGGUACAUCGAACAGACAUCACGUUCAACUCCAAUGCUUUCUCACAUUUAGCAAUAUCAGCACUGAUGAAGAGGAUCAUCAUAUUCCCACUACAAUAGUGAUGAACUGUACAGAUAGACUUGUUUACACUAGUAUUUAAUACUUGAAGGUUUCUCUCAUACAGUAUGUAUUAGCACUCCUUUAAUCCCGCUCUGUCCCGAAGACAUGUCGACGCAAUAUGAAGACUUUAUUCCUGAAGUGAAGAGAAAAGUGGACCAACAUGUUACUUUCUUUAUAUUUAUACAUAUUUUCCUGCCAUUUAAUUUAUCUAAUCAAUCAAAGAUAUUGCUAAUUAAACUUUGAUAUACAAAUGUAGCUCUCUAGUUAAAUAGGUAGGAUGAUAUUUUGAAAUAAUGGUCUUAUUUAUAGAGGAGAAACUGGGGCAAAUUGGCUUCCUACCUUCACAUCAUGUUGGAGUUUUCUGUACUAUUUUGACCUCAUUUCAGCUCUCAUUGUGCCAAGCUAAAAAUAUUUUCUAAUAACCGUCCGUUCUUGGAUGCAUUAACUCUAAAACUUUCAUUAUAACUCAAACAACAGGUAUGUUAGUUUGACCAGUUUGUCUCACUUUGUGCGUUCUACUGGUUUUGCCAAUACUUGUUCCUCUGUGGAUUUUUAAGAAGGGAUAUUUUAUUUCUGCUUCAUGGUUCAACUAAACACACACAGACACAGACACACCAGCACAUCUUUAAUAGAUCACAUUGUCAACAUUUCAUGUUUAUGCUGGAUGAAACACUUAAGUGCAGGUUUUCUCCUUAUGAAGGUUAAUGUUUCUAUAAAAUAUUAAAAACAGAACUAUUAAUGGAA